UGCUUUGUUUGAGUUCACCCCGUCACCCGUCAUUUUGAAAGAAAGACACAGUGAAAAUGGACGGCCUCCUGAAUUUUCUUGCAUUUGAUGACAACGACGCUGAUGUUGCUUCGUUGGUUAUUCAAUUGUGGCUUCGCAGAAAAUCUCCAUUACAAGUGUGGUUAAAAGAAAAAAGAAGAACUCUGCAACGCAUUUUGAGAAACACUCGAAUCGGUAUGUUGAAUUUCAUCCAACAAACGCUGCCUAGAUAUCCCGACAUACAGUUUUUUGAAAACUUUAGAAUGUCACGAACUACUUUCCAGGAUAUUUUGACAGAAUUUGGGGAAAGUGUAGAUGUUAGACAUCGUGGAGAACACAACGAAGUUCCCUUUUCUCUCAAAUUCUUAGUAACCAUAUGGUGGCUAGGGAAUCAAGAAACUUUCCGCCAAAUUGCCGAUAGGUUUGGAACUACCAGAGGGAACGCCCAUCACAUUGUAAAAACAACUCUAAUAGUUAUUGGAGAACGAGCUGUUGAUUACAUUAAAUGGCCAACUGGAGCAGAGAUGGAGGAAGUGGUAUCAAAACAUACUUUCCCGAACACAAUAGGGAUGAUUGACACAACGGAUAUAUUAAUAAAACAACCUUUAAGGCAUUUGGCAGCCUAUACCAAUCGGAAAUCCACGACAUCAGUAAAAAUACAGGGUGUAUGUGACUCUAGGAAAUGUUUCUUGGACAUAAGUGCAGGCUGGCCUGGUUCUAUGCACGAUGCCAGGAUUUAUGGCAUGUCAUCACUUUCUGGUGCUAUAAAUGAAAAGUUAGCUGGCACAAAUUUCUACAUGCUAGGAGACUCUGCAUAUCCCCUGAGUGCACGACUGAUGAAACCAUACAGAAAUGGUGGUUUCCUAAACCAGGCACAGAUCAACUACAAUCACCAACAUAGCCAACAACGAUCUACAAUUGAAUGUACGUUCGCGUUGCUUAAGGGGAAAUGGCGGAAACUUAAAUAUUUAGACGUUACCAAUUUGUCUAUUAUUCCCCAUAUUCUUGUUGCCGCUUGUGUAUUGCACAAUUAUGUGGUGGAUGUUGAAGGCGAUGAAUGGUACGAUGACGAUUUUGAUAAUAACAGUGACGACGAAUUUCAAUUUAAUGCAAACGAGUCUGAUGAAGAUGAGGAAGAUGGCGCUACAGCAUUACGAAAUAGAAUUGCGGCAUCUUUAUAA